AUGCCUACCAACCUCCCCUCCACUGCAACCACGAACCCACGUAAACCUGGCCUCGCCUUUCAAAAACCACCUCUCCCAACCUCGCUCACGCCACAUGAUCUCUCACAAACCAAGAACGAAUCCAUCACAAGGCCACCGCCACCGUCAACACCAGGAACCCCUCUCCAACUCAGCAUUCGCGCAGACGGCGCACAGAGUCUCGUGACAGAGCGUGGAGAGCGCGAGCGUGCAGCGAAGUGGAGCAGGGCGGGCAGAAGGGAAAUGCGCAAGAGCAAAGUAAGGAGAGAGACGGAUGGUGGGAAAGAAAAAUGGCAGGGGGAAGUCGAGCCAGGACACGCUUGA